AUGGGGAAGUUGUCAGACUUUUUUCUUCUUAUCCAGGGCGUGAAGCCAGCUGUGUCACAAGCGGUGUCUCAGGGGACCUACAGUGACCUGUUGUCUGUGAUUGAGGAGAUGGGCAGAGAGAUCAGACCCACCUAUGCUGGAAGCAAAAGUGCCAUGGAGAGAUUAAAAAGAGGUAUAAUCCACGCUAGAGCUCUCGUGAGAGAGUGUCUCGCUGAAACAGAACGCAAUGCUCGUACGUGACCUCAUUCCAGCUCUGCACUUUCUAUUUUUUUCCUCCUCCCUUUUUUUCUUUUUUUAAUCUAUAAAAAAAAAUAAAGUUGCUCUUUAUUAUGUUUUA